AUGGCCCCUCUCGUAGCCAGACCGAUGCCUUCGGCUCAAGAUGCCGAAGUUCAUCAAUCUCGCGUUCAGAUCAACAACCGUCUGAACGGUACCCGUGCCGUCGUCGCCGGGCGCAACGUCGCCGCUGGAUCCGAGCUCCGUCAAGGAGGCAGGGCACCCAUGUGUCCUUUUCUUUCUCUGCCACCGGCACCAGAGGCCGAGCAACUGCAACGAGCCAGCGCCAGCACGCCAAUGCAGCCCAUCAAGUAUGUGAGGUCCGGCAGCGAAGGCUCGAUCAAGGACCCUACGACCGUCUCUGCGGCUGCAGCUCGAUCUUGGACCAUGGUUCGAUCGUACUCGAUGCCGGUCGCAACGCAAGCGGAAUUUGAUCAGCAGUACCGUCAGCGUCAAGCUGGCAUGCCUCUCUCUACGGCUGAUCAAACGCCUCAACGCUGGGAGGAUGGUUGGUUCACCUCCAGCAGCAGCUUUGACAGCUCGCAAGGAGUCAACACGAGCGAAGGCGAACAAUUGCACGCAACGAACGUCAAGAGGCGUCGUUUCGAUCGGGCCGAUACUUCACCCCGCAACCGUCUUUCGCCCUUGACCGCCAUCAGCGACAACGCCACGAGGGAAGUGACGCCUAUUUCGCCACUCUCCAAGUCGUUUGACCUUGCUCUGGAUGUCGUCGACGAGAACACUGCUCCGCCUCUCGACCGCGCGCCUUCUUCCAUGUCUCGAGGCUCGGACGACUACUUUAGCUUCAACAAGGCCGAGACGGAGCAGUCAUCGGACUCGGACGAAGAUAUCGCCACGCCCCGAGCGACCCACGCGGCCUCUCAUUCGGCUCAGAGCAAGAACAACGCCGAGUUCGAGUCGUUGGCCUGGAUCAAUCCUGCUCACUUUACCCCACCUGAGCAGUUGGUCUGA